GUUUCUUACUUUGCAGUUAUCUGCAUCUCGUACUAACAAAGCAUUCCUAACAAAUCCCCAGAAAAUCACAGUUUGUGACAUGAAGACCAGAGCCACGCCCACGUGUGACAUCAGUGCCCUUUUUUAUUUUUGUUUUCAUUUUUAAAUAUACAGGAAGUGAAGGACCAGCCGAACAUCACUGUGAAAAUAAACCGCCAAACAAAGAAGACGCUGUGGGCAAUGUAACUCGCCUCUUUUGAUUUGUGUUUUUUUCGGCGCUUUGACACUAUGGUGUUUGCAGAACUGAGCGCCCGCCUCAAUGACAUCGGCUACAAAAACUGGUUAAAAGCGGGCUAUUGUCUCGUGAAGCUACGUGAUGGGCUCCAGGGAUUCCUAAAAAACGAGAUGAGGGACUUUCACCAGACGCUAUCUCGAAAUAACCCACGGCUUCGAAAAGGCAUACAAUGUCGACAACGGUGCAAGCCCCGCGGCAAUCAGUUUUAUGACCUCUGUGAACAGUGCAAGACAUGGAAGGAGGAGAUCCUCAAGCACCACACCAACAGAGAUGCAUGUGUGCAUUGGGGCAACUGUAGGCCGUGGUUGUGGUCCACUGAAUACUGGGAGAUGGCCAAGGCAUACAUGCCCCGUGGGCAGUUGGACAUACCUGGCCCAGAGAAGUGUGAUGCUGCUGCUUUGCUGAACCUCAUUAACUUCUGUGAUCACUUUAACUUCAUUAAUCGGCAAAAAGUUAGAGAGGUAAUAAAAAGUCGCAAUGAACUGAUGCAUUCUUGUGAGAUGAGAGUGACCCCACAGUGGAUUGUACAAUAUGAAAGGAAAUUGGAGGAACUAAUUCAAGAACUGAAACAUGUGCCAGAGGUGACAUCUGCUGGUCAGGAAAUGAGGGAGAUGUUGUCAGUAGACUGGGUUGUUCAUAUUCCUGGCCAGGACUAUGUUGAUGGAGAUGAAAGUCAGUUUGUAGACCCAGAGGUUAUCUCUACAGUGGAAGCAGAGAUCCUGCAAGAGAGUCUACGGGAACUGUACUUAAAGGCACAAGAAGACAGUUCUGCCAAUGCACAGCAAUUUCAAGAACUUCAAAAGCUGAGAGGCUUUAUAGAAGCUAAUAAGGACUUGAAAGAACAGUUUCAUAAUCAGCUGUUGCAAGUCGACAACCUUCACUUACCAGCAGAUUUGCUAACUAACCAAGAAUCCAAGAAGUACACACAAGAAGAAGAGCAUGACAAAGAGGAAGGAUAUGUCCCCCAAAAAAAGAAAAAGAUGCUGGUUUAGUUACUGUAUAUAGAUCAUCCUAUGAACAUUCUGAGUAGACUCCCUCUGUUUUAACUGCACAAGACACUAUGAAUACAUGUGACAGGAUCUCUUCAGAAAAUAUGCUUCCCAAGCACUUGCUCAAUAUAUUAUGCUCAUAUUGCUUUGUAUGGUAAAAAGUCACACUUUCUAAUAAUGGUGUGGAUUACAAACUGAAGUCCUCUCUUCUUUGGAGUUUGUUUGUACCCCAUAUGACAAUCUCAUUUCUAGUCUAACAAGAUAAUUCUCAGGGCCACAGGCAGUGUUGUGUUUAGUUUAUCUGUUCAAGUAACUCUGUUUGUUUAUACCAUUUUAUCACAUAAAAUAUAAGUGGUUGCUACACACAACAUUUGAACAUCUGAAGAGUCUAACUUUCAGCACUUUUCUCUAACAAAUGUAUAUGUUCUUCCCAUGACUACUUUGUUUUUUUUCAAUCAGGAAUCCUAGAGAGAUGCUUUUAUUGGUCUCAGCAUUCUAAGUUAGACUUUAAAUCAGUCUUUGUUACAUAGCGUAUAUGUAGGCUAGUAGUGCACAAUGCAUUACAUGUUUUACGACAAACAAUUACAACUACAAAGACUGUUUUACAAGAGCACUGAAACAAUGGAUUCAUGUAAAACUGAGAAGACUGAUUUUACACAAGGAAGAAAAGUUUGGACUAAUGUUAAAAGACUUGGACAGUUAAAGCUCCAGGAGUUUGUGACAUGUAAGAUUUAAAUGAAUUUGACUAAUUUGCUUAAAUGUUAGUUUUUAGUAAGUUUUUUAACCGGUUAAUGAUGCAAAUAUAAAUCUUAUAAAUACUACAAUAAUAAAUGUUACAAACCAAACCAAUUUAUUCUCUGACAAAAAAACAGCUUUAAAUGAGUGUGUUUUAAAUUAAAAUAUCCUAUCUUGGAGUUCACAAAUUCAACAGUACAGAUACAA